UCAAGUCAAAGUCUAGAUGAAGAUAGAACAUCUGAAGAAGAUACAAUGAUACUAUCGAUAUCACCUUUUCAAUCAAGUACAAUGGCAAAAAGUUUACCUACAGUUUCGAGUGCAGAAAUUGAAACAAUUAAAGAGGAAACAACGGAAUUUUUAACUCCUUUACCUCAAUCCACAACAGAAGAAAGCAGUUCAUUUCAAAAAUCCAGUGAAGAAGAAAAUCAAAUGACAGAAGUGCCAUGGACACUAUCAACAAUGCUUCCUCAAACAAGAACUCAAACUAAAAGUAUAUUUUCAAGUCAUAGUGUAGAUGAAGAUAGAACAUCUGAAGAAGAUACAAGGACACUAUCGAUAUCUCCAUUUCAAUCAAGUUCAAUGGCAAAAAGUUUACCUACAGUUUCGAGUGCAGAAAUUGAAACAAUUGAAGCGGAAAAAACUGAAUUUUUAACUCCUUUACCUCAAUCCACAACAGAAGAAAGCAGUUCAUUUCAAGAAUCCAGUGAAGAAGAAAAUCAAAUGACAGAACUGCCAUGGACACUAUCAACAAAGCUUCCUCAAACAAAUACUCAAACUAAUGGUAUAUUUUCAAGUCAAAGUGUAGAUGAAGAUAGAACAUCUGAAGAAGAUACAACGAUACUAUCGAUAUCACCUUUUCAAUCAAGUACAAUGGCAAAAAAUUUACCUACAGUUUCGAGUGCAGAAAUUGAAACAAUUCAAGAGGAAACAACGGAAUUAUUAACUCCUUUACCUCAAUCCACAACAGAAGAAAGCAGUUCAUUUCAAGAAUCCAGUGAAGAAGAAAAUCAAAUGACAGAAGUGCCAUGGACACUAUCAACAAUGCUUCCUCAAACAAGAACUCAAUCUAAAAGUAUAUUUUCAAGUCAAAGUGUAGAUGAAAAUAAAACAUCUGAAGAAGAUACAACGAUACUAUCGAUAUCACCUUUUCAAUCAAGUACAAUGGCAAAAAGUUUACCUACAGUUUCGAGUGCAGAAAUUGAAACAAUUAAAGAGGAAACAACGAAAUUUUUAACUCCUUUACCUCAAUCCACAACAGAAGAAAGCAGUUCAUUUCAAGCAUCCAGUGAAGAAGAAAAUCAAAUGACAGAAGUGCCAUGGACACUAUCAACAAUGCUUCCUCAAACAAGAACUCAAACUAAAAGUAUAUUUUCAAGUCAAAGUGUAGAUGAAAAUAGAACAUCUGAAGAAGAUACAACGAUACUAUCGAUAUCACCUUUUCAAUCAAGUACAAUGGCAAAAAACUUACCUACAGUUUCGAGUGCAGAAAUUGAAUCAAUUAAAGAGGAAACAACGGAAUUUUUAACUCCUUUACCUCAAUCCACAACAGAAGAAAGCAGUUCAUUUCAAGAAUCCAGUGAAGAAGAAAAUCAAAUGACAGAACUGCCAUGGACACUAUCAACAAAGCUUCCUCAAACAAAUACUCAAACUUAUGGUAUAUUUUCAAGUCAAAGUGUAGGUGAAGGUAGAACAUCUGAAGAAGAUACAACGAUACUAUCGAUAUCACCUUAUCAAUCAAGUACAAUGGCAAAAAGUUUACCUACAGUUUCGAGUGCAGAAAUUGAAACAAUUGAAGCGGAAAAAACUGAAUUUUUAACUCCUUUACCUCAAUCCACAACAGAAGAAAGCAGUUCAUUUCAAGAAUCCAGUGAAGAAGAAAAUCAAAUGACAGAACUGCCAUGGACACUAUCAACAAAGCUUCCUCAAACAAAUACUCAAACUAAUGGUAUAUUUUCAAGUCAAAGUGUAGAUGAAGAUAGAACAUCUGAAGAAGAUACAACGAUACUAUCGAUAUCACCUUUUCAAUCAAGUACAAUGGCAAAAAAUUUACCUACAGUUUCGAGUGCAGAAAUUGAAACAAUUCAAGAGGAAACAACGGAAUUAUUAACUCCUUUACCUCAAUCCACAACAGAAGAAAGCAGUUCAUUUCAAGAAUCCAGUGAAGAAGAAAAUCAAAUGACAGAAGUGCCAUGGACACUAUCAACAAUGCUUCCUCAAACAAGAACUCAAUCUAAAAGUAUAUUUUCAAGUCAAAGUGUAGAUGAAAAUAAAACAUCUGAAGAAGAUACAACGAUACUAUCGAUAUCACCUUUUCAAUCAAGUACAAUGGCAAAAAGUUUACCUACAGUUUCGAGUGCAGAAAUUGAAACAAUUAAAGAGGAAACAACGGAAUUUUUAACUCCUUUACCUCAAUCCACAACAGAAGAAAGCAGUUCAUUUCAAGAAUCCAGUGAAGAAGAAAAUCAAAUGACAGAACUGCCAUGGACACUAUCAACAAAGCUUCCUCAAACAAAUACUCAAACUUAUGGUAUAUUUUCAAGUCAAAGUGUAGGUGAAGGUAGAACAUCUGAAGAAGAUACAACGAUACUAUCGAUAUCACCUUAUCAAUUAAGUACAAUGGCAAAAAGUUUACCUACAGUUUCUAGGGCAGAAAUUGAAACAAUUGAAGCGGAAACAACUGAAUUUUUAACUCCUUUACCUCAAUCCACAACAGAAGAAAGCAGUUCAUUUCAAGAAUCCAGUGAAGAAGAAAAUCAAAUGACAGAAGUGCCAUGGACACUAUCAACAAUGCUUCCUCAAACAAGUACUCAAACUAAAAGUAUAUUUUCAAGUCAAAGUGUAGAUGAAGAUAGAACAUCUGAAGAAGAUACAAGGACACUAUCGAUAUCUCCAUUUCAAUCAAGUACAAUGGCAAAAAGUUUACCUACAGUUUCGAGUGCAGAAAUUGAAACAAUUCAAGAGGAAACAACGGAAAUUUUAACUCCUUUACCUCAAUCCACAACAGAAGAAAGCAGUUCAUUUCAAGAAUCCAGUGAAGAAGAAAAUCAAAUGACAGAAGUGCCAUGGACACUAUCAACAAAGCUUCCUCAAUCAAGUACACAACCUAAAAGUAUAUUUUCAAGUCAAAGUGUAGAUGAAGAUAGAACAUCUGAAGAAGAUACAACGAUACUAUCGAUAUCACCUUUUCAAUCAAGUACAAUGGCAAAAAGUUUACCUACAGUUUCGAGUGCAGAAAUUGAAACCAUUAAAGAGGAAACAACGGAAUUUUUAACUCCUUUACCUCAAUCCACAACAGAAGAAAGCAGUUCAUUUCAAGAAUCCAGUGAAGAAGAAAAUCAAAUGACAGAAGUGCCAUGGACACUAUCAACAAAGCUUCCUCAAUCAAGUACACAAACUAAAAGUAUAUAUUCAAGUCAAAGUCUAGAUGAAGAUAGAACAUCUGAAGAAGAUACAAGGACACUAUUGAUAUCUCCAUUUCAAUCAAGUACACUGGCAAGAAGUUUACCUACAGUUUCGAGUGCAGAAGAUAAAACAAUUCAAGAGGAAACAACGGAAUUUUUAACUCCUUUACCUCGAUCCACAACAGAAGAAAGCAGUUCAUUUCAAGAAUCCAGUGAAGAAGAAAAUCAAAUGACAGAAGUGCCAUGGACACUAUCAACAAAGCUUCCUCAAUCAAGUACACAAACUAAAAGUAUAUAUUCAAGUCAAAGUCUAGAUGAAGAUAGAACAUCUGAAGAAGAUACAAGGACACUAUUGAUAUCUCCAUUUCAAUCAAGUACACUGGCAAGAAGUUUACCUACAGUUUCGAGUGCAGAAGAUAAAACAAUUCAAGAGGAAACAACGGAAUUUUUAACUCCUUUACCUCGAUCCACAACAGAAGAAAGCAGUUCAUUUCAAGAAUCCAGUGAAGAAGAAAAUCAAAUGACAGAAGUGCCAUGGACACUAUCAACAAAGCUUCCUCAAUCAAGUACACAAACUAAAAGUAUAUAUUCAAGUCAAAGUCUAGAUGAAGAUAGAACAUCUGAAGAAGAUACAAGGACACUAUCGAUAUCUCCAUUUCAAUCAAGUACACUGGCAAGAAGUUUACCUACAGUUUCGAGUGCAGAAGAUAAAACAAUUCAAGAGGAAACAACGGAAUUUUUAACUCCUUUACCUCGAUCCACAACAGAAGAAAGCAGUUCAUUUCAAGAAUCCAGUGAAGAAGAAAAUCAAAUGACAGAAGUGCCAUGGACACUAUCAACAAAGCUUCCUCAAUCAAGUACACAAACUAAAAGUAUAUAUUCAAGUCAAAGUCUAGAUGAAGAUAGAACAUCUGAAGAAGAUACAAGGACACUAUCGCAAUCUCCUUUUCAAUCAAGUACACUGGCAAAAAAUUUACCUACAGUUUCGAGUGCAGAAAUUGAAACAAUUAAAGAGGAAACAACGGAAUUUUUAACUCCUUUACCUCAAUCCACAAAAGAAGAAAGCAGUUCAUUUCAAGAAUCCAGUGAAGAAGAAAAUCAAAUGACAGAAGUGCCAUGGACACUAUCAACAAAGCUUUCUCAAUCAAGUACUCACACUAAAAGUAUUUCAAGUCAAAGUGUAGAUGAAUAUAAAACAUCUGAAGAAGAUACAGGGAUCCUUCAAUCAAGUACAAUAGCAAACAGUUUACUUACAGUUUUGGGUGCAGAAGAUCAAACCAUUCUAAAGGAAACAACGCAAUUUUCAAAAAUUUUUCCUCAAUCCACAACAGUAGCCAGCAGUUCAUUUCAAGAAUCCAGUGCAGAAGAAAAUCAAAUGACAGAAGUUCCAUGGACACUAUCAACAUCUCUUCCUCAAUCAAACACAAAAACUAAAAGUACCUUUUCGAGCCAAAGUGUAGAAGAAGAUGAAACAUCUCAAGAAGAUACAAAAACUCUAUCGAUUUCUCUCCAGCAACCAAGUUCAAAAGCGAGUCAUACACAAGCUAUUCCUAGUGCAGAAGAGGAUCAAAUAAUUCUAAAGGAGACAAGUGAGUUUCCGAAGACUAUACCGCAAUCGACAUCAAUUAGUUUAUUUCAAAGUUCGAGUGCAGAAGAUGUGACCUCUAAGUCUAUGCGUUUAUUAAGUACACCACUAAUUUCUAAACUGAAAUCGUCGACGUUAUCAACUGUUAAAAGUAAAGUUACCACUGAAACAACAACUGAGUAUUUUAUUUCCAACACCAAUACUUCACCCGAUUCCCUGCCUAUACAUAAUACAAUGACAGAAUCUAUGUCACUAUUGUCACAUCCAGUUAGUAGGUUUUCUGAAAUACCAAGUUUGCUUUCGACAUCAUAUAAAGCAACGAGUCAACAAUCUCUGAAAAUCAUAGAAAAUGUAACAAGCUCUCAAUAUGAAAUUGUUUAUCAUAGCUCAACUAAUCCAGUGAUGACCGACAUCAUUGAUUCAUCUUUACCCUUAGAUUUAAUUACUAUCUCGCAAGAAAUAUCAAGUUCACCGAAAAGUCAAGAUAGCUUUAAAACGGAAGACAUUGCUAUAAAACCAACUUUAUAUGGAAUACCAAGCCAUCUUAAUAGUUAUACGAAAUAUGCAAUGAGUAAUACGGGUUUUACUACAAUAUUUAGCGAUGAGGUCACCGGAACUAUAACGACAGACACGAAUGCAAAUUCUUCAGACUAUACAACCUAUAAAGGAUCAGAAAAUACAUUACAAAGUUUAACUUAUCCAGAAAUAAAAACCACAAAAACAAAAAUUCAAACAACAACAUCUGAUAAAUCAAAAGCAAUGGAACACGAACAACAGACAGAAACAUUCGCUUCCUUAAUUGCCAGUGCCACAGAUGCCGCUAUUACUAAACAAUCGCAAACAAUAAAUUUAUACCCAGAAGAAUUUAGUACUGAAGGAAUCGAGACAAUACCCACAUUUUCAAUUACACUAAAAAGUUCCAGUAAUCCAGAACAAAUAUCUAAAACUGCAAGAGAAAUAUCAAAACCGGAUAAAAAUCAGUCAGAGCAAACGCUUAGUUCUCUUCCUGAAUUUUCAUCGACGAGUAUAUUCAUACACUCGGAUAUUUCCAGCUCUAAGGAAAUAACAAUGGAUGGUGAAAAGACCGAAAACACAAGUAGAAAAACUACAAAUACGUUCUUAGUAAAUACAAGUAAUACAGCAGUUACAACAUUGCCUACCACCGAGACUUCAGAUGUGCUAACAACAGGAACUACUGAAACUACUUCCGAGGAACCGCUUUGUUUGUGUACUUGCGUAAUUGAUCCCGAUGAGGAUAUUUGCUCGUGUAAUUGCAAGAUUACAAAGAGUACACCGAGAGCAAACACUACUUCAAAGAAUACUCAGUGGGAUGGUUCCUCUACAAAAUCGCUUGGACAAGAAGGAAUAAGAAACCAAACAAGUGUCGUGCACACUACCAAGUACUCUACAACCGAUAAAUAUUUGUCAAAGGAACCCUCAAAAACCCUUACAUUUUCAAAGAUAAGCACUAAACAGAAUAUUACUGAGAAAACUACAAUACAGAAUUUAUCGUUGAAUUCUAAUAUCGACAAGUCAACAACAUUAGCUCAGCAAUAUUCUGAUACGGAUAUUACGAAGUACUCCGCAACCGUUGGAUUUUUGUCGACGGAACCUACAAAAACCUUUACAUUUUCAAAAUUAAGCACUAAACAAAAUAUUACGCAAAAAACUACAAUACAGAAUUUAUCAGUGCAGUCUAAUAUUGAUAAGUCAACAACAUUAACUCAGCCAUAUUCUGAUAUGGACAUUACGAAGUACUCCACAACCGUCGGACUUUCGUCGAAGGAACCCACAAAAACCUUUACAUUUUCAAGGUUAAGCUCUAAACCAAAUAUUGCUGAGAAAAGUACGGUGCAGAAUUUAUCGUUGAAUUCUAAUAUUGAGAAGUCAACAACAUUAGCUCAGCAAUAUUCAGAUACGGACACUACAAAGUACUUCACAACAGUCGAAUUUUUGUCGACGGAACGCACAAGAACCCUUACACAAAAUAUUACUGGAAGGACCACAAUCGACAAUCAAUCAAUAGCAUAUUCUGAUACGGAGACUACGAAGUACUUCACAACCGUCGGACUUUGGUCGAAGGAACCCACAAAUACUUUUACAUUUUCAAAGUUAAGCACUAAACAAAAUAUUACUGAGAAAACUACAAUACAGAAUUUAUCAGUGCAGUCUAAUAUUGAUAAGUCAACAACAUUAACUCACCCAUAUUCUGAUAUGGACAUUACGAAGUACUCCACAACCGUGGGACUUUCGUCGAAGGAACCCACAAAAUCCUCUACAUUUUCAAAGUUAAGCACUAAAAAAAAUAUUACUGAGAAAACUACAAUACAGAAUUUAUCGUUGAAUUCUAAUAUUGACAAGUCAACAACAUUAACUCAGCCAUACUCUAAGACGGACAUUACGAAGUACUCCACAACCGUCGAAUUUUUUUCGCAGGAACCCACAAAUAAAACCUUUACAUUUUCAAAGUUAAGCACCACACAAAAUGUUACUGGAAAGCCCACUAUCGACAAUCAAUCAAUAACAUCAACUCAGCAACAUUCUGAUACCGAGAUUACGAAGUACUCCACAACCGUUGGACUUUUGUCGAAGGAACCUACAAAAACACUUACAUUUUUAAAGUUAAGCACUAAACAAAAUAUUACUGAGAGAAGCACGGUAGAGAAUUUAUCGUUGAAUUCUAAUGUUGAUAAGUCAACAACAUUAACUCAGCCAUAUUCUGAGAUGGACAUUACGAAGUACUCCACAACCGCUGGACUUUUGUCGAAGGAACCAACAAAAACCUUUACAUUUUCAAAGUUGGAACCGACCGAGCACAUCAGCACCAAUAUAAAUUUUACUGGGAAAGACACAACGGAAUAUAUGAUAUCACAAUCCAGUAAUGAGAAUAAAAGUGAUACCCAAUUGAUCUUGACAACUGAAAAUUUUAUAGUGACAACAAGCUCAGAGCCUACAGAAGUUAAUGUGUGGAAGGAGAUCGACAAAAGACUUGAUGACCUACAAAAUAAGUAUACGAUUCGAGAAAACAACUCUUUGGAAAAUUCGGAAUUUAAAGAACAAUUCAGUAAAAUAGACUCGUCGAUAAAUUUGGGUAAACUUCCGGGUAAUAUUAGAGCUAGCCUGUACGCAAAUUUUACAAUUUACGACAAAAUGAGAAUCGAGCUGGAAUCCAUCAUUUUAUUUAAGCUGAACAAAAUUUUGGAAAAUAUGAACGCAACGAAAUCGACUCCAGCGUGUAUUGAUUAUUAUAAAAAUAUGUCCAAAAAUUUAGUUGCAGGCUUGGCUAUGUCAAAUACUGAAAAGUGGGACAUAAUAAGAAAAAAUCACCUCAUUUGUCAUAUAAAUCAAAAUACAACGAACGCAACUACACCAGUUCCACCCACCACGAAAACGACCUCAGUGACAAAAACCAUGGGAGGAUUUGCUUCAUAUUAUUGUAAUCAACAGAUUAUGAAUUUAAUCGUUACGAAAUAUUCUCUGAGUCCUAACAAUGAAACGAUUCCCAUUUCACCCAAGGAUCCGUGCACUUCAAUACUAAAACAUAUUGGUAUAGCUCAUCAAAAUAAUGACUCCAGUCACAGUGCGGAAUUUAAUACCAUAAUUGAAAAGAUAAAAACGGCAAUCAAACAGGAUUGGAUAACUAACAAAAAAGCACUGUUAAUAAGGGAAUACUUGGAGUUUGAAAAAUUGCGAAAAUAUCUCGAUCAUAUUUUGGUGGGUAAGAUUGAGGAAUGCGAUAUGCGACUUGCAGUAGUUAAAAGUAGAAAGUGUUGGAACUAUUACACAAAACUGAAAGUGAUGUUCCAUAAGGCAAUGCAAGAGACGAGUGCCAGAAAACAGUAUUUAAUAGGUAAUAUAUCAAUGGUAUGCAGUGAUAACAAAGUGUGAACACAUAAUUUGUAAAUGUGAAAACAAAUAAAAUGGCUUAAGA